GAAGAAAAUCACUUCCGCCUUCGUCAUGCUCUCUGAAACACUUCUUGAAUGUACACUACAUACGACUUAUUGUUAAAAAAUGGCAAAAGCGAAGGACAAACGACGGGAGAACACCAGCGUGGCCAGUGAGAUUGACCGCUUGGAGGAGCGGCGGGCGCGUUGCCUUGACAACCUGGAAAAGUCCGAUUUCAGGAGCAGAAAAGAGAAGCUGUCCGAGGAAGAGAGGCAACAAGUGGAAAAACAUAUGGCAGUCAUGACCGAAAGGAUGCAAAAUUUAGACAAAGAGUUGCAGCAUUUACGAGAGCAGAACCGGAGGAACACGUUGCUGUCGGUGGCUCUGCUGGCUAUCUGCGCUCUCUUCUACUACAUCUUCAUCUACGACCACAACGAACACUCAUGAUGACAUAAUACUCACGGCUAUCCAACUGUUUUGUUUUUUUUAAUGUUUGCACGGAAAUCCUGCUGCGAGGUUACUGACCAAACUGGGUGCUACUCAUCAUAUAUGUGCCCAUUGCGUUAUUCUUUUUCCAUCUUAACAUCCAUGUACUAGUAUCCUCUUUGUCAUUGCUAGUAAGAAGACAAUUCAGUGCACUUGAGAUCAAGGAUAUGCACUAAAUAUUCAAAUAUAUACAGUAUAUAUGGGAUAUCUGACUUUAAGUUUCAGCCAUUUAUUACCCCGAGCUACAUUCAUGGCCUUUUUUUAAAUAUUUUGUAUCACGUCAAUGGGCUUUUCGCCAAAAUAAAAGCAUCUUUUCCAAUUACACAUA